UCGUCGUUUCCCUCUCUAGAAUAGCCGCUCUGCUCCGUUCUCCGACCCUCAUUUUGCUCCGACGACCAUCUCGUUGAACGUCUCCGAUCCAGAAGAAAGCAAAGAAGUUGACCUUCUUCAACCUUCCGCCCCAAACACAGUUUUCUGUUUGUUCGUACUCAAGGAGGGAAUCUUUGGCACUUCCUUGAGGGGAUUUUAGCUUCGCAACUGAGGAAUUUGGUUCUGGGUAUUCGAGAAUUCCCUCUGAUUCUGGAUUGAUCUCAUUGUCUUCAGUAAAGGUUCAUUCUUACAAAAUCAGCGGGAGAUAGUAUUGCUUUCAAAAAUUUCCAAGAGUUUGUCAACCAGAAUGGAACCCAGGCAACCUGUUCCCAGUGUUAUUUCAAGGUUGAUGGGUUUGGAUGAAUUUCACCCCCGACAACCAGUUCAAAAGAAAGCAAGAGUGCUUUCUGAGAAAUAUAUGCAGAGAGUUAGUUCUAUAGGUGGCCGAGAGAAACAUCAAAAUCGUCCUUCAGUCAGUUUGGUUUCAGAAAGGUCAAUAGAUAACAGCAGUUCGGGUAGGGUCACACAAAAUUUGAGCUUUGCUGGGAAGAGGAAAGCUCAUUUGAGUUCAGAGUUGUCAUCAAGGCCCUCUAGCUAUGAAACUGUUGAUAUAUGCAGGAAAGAUUGGAAUGUUUGUGACCAUAGGUAUACUAGUACCCGCUCUGGCAGGAAUUUUGGUAGAAUCGUUGUUCUUAAGCCACACUUACAGAAUGUGGAGAAUGCUGAAACAAGGUCUAGCUAUUCAAAUCGUGCAACCAGAGUAUUUAGGCUUGCCAAAAGCAAUAUGCUUGCUAGAGAUGUAUUAGGUUCUAGAUAUCUGAAUGAUGACACCCAGCAAGUUGAACAGGAUUUGAGCAGAAUGGCUAAAAAAGCGACUGCCUUUCCUGAUCAUGACCCGCAACCAGAAAACAUAUGUUUCAAUCCUGGUGGUCUUCGCUCAAGCAAAAACAGUCAGUAUGGCUGGAAGGUCAGGAGCAUUGGAUGCUUACAGAGGCCCACACCUCUUCACUGGGAUCUUAGUGCUAUCCGCAGUCAUGCUUCGAGUGCCAGCAAUGACUCUGUUGUUAAAAGUAGCAGCCGUGUGAGUAAUCUUGAGUUUAUAAAUUCUGUUCAUCAAAAGGCAAGGAAGUUAUUGGUCGUUCAGAGAGAUGGUUCACAACAUAGAAUCCCAGUAAAAAGCUAUGAGGAAAAGUCUCUGCCUGUUGAAGCUUCGGAAGUGGCAAACAAUUAUCCAGAAGCUAGUUAUAUCCUUCCAAGUGUUGCUGAAAACAAGUUUGACAAGGAUUCACAUAGUCAGAGUUCUUAUGAGAUGGUUACUGAUGGAGAAACCGAUUUUGUAAAUGAAUCCUCCCUAGCACUGGAUGAUCAGCAGUCAUUGGAAAUAGGAAAUGGGGAUCUUUCUUUGAGAGAUCAGGACGAUAUUCCUGAUACUAUGGCUACUUCAAUUCAAAAGGAUGUAUCAGCUGUUUCAUUUGAGAAGGAGCACAUCUCGACUUAUUGCUCGUGCACUGACCCAGAAUCACUAGUGAGCUCAGAAGAUUCCUACUAUCAGUCCAGUCCUAAUUCAGUAUUGGAGGCUUCAUUUAGGAAAGAUAUCUCUUCUUGCUUCGGUUGCUGGGAUGAUGACGGUGAUUCUUUGCACGGCUUGCAUAAUCGACUCGAACUCCUGAAGUCGGAGAUAUCAGAUGGAAACUCAGAAGACUUUGACACAAUGGUCUCUAGCGAAGGAGACCCGCGAGAAGAGUAUUCAGUAGGCGAUUUUGAAUCCAAUGAUGAUGAAAUUAGGCUUUUUAAAGCUGAAGAGAGCAGGGAUUUCUCAUACUUGGUCGAUGUGUUAACCGAGGCAGGACUGAUUAACAGAAGCUCACUCUCGAUAGGUCCUAACUACUCAUGGCACUCUGAUGAAUGCAAUAUUGUCAGUCCUUCGGUGUUUGACACACUAGAGAAAAAGUAUGGAGAUCAGAUAUCUUGGAAGAGGGCCGAUAGAAGGUUACUGUUUGAUCGUAUUAACUUGGGGUUGGUGGAGAUUCUGCAGUCAUCUUUGUACCAGCACUCAGUUUCAUGGUCGAAACCUGUGGCAAGAAGGUUCAUGCUUAACUAUGGUGGCCAGGAAGAUAUUGAGGAGGAGGUGUGGAUGUACUUGGCCAGCCAGGAAAAUGGAAAGGGAAAGAAUUCUGAGAAGGUGAUGGGGCAGGAUGAUAAGUGGUUGGAGUUGGGUGAUCAUGUUCAGGAUGUUAGUAGAGAUAUAGCAAAUUCUUUGUUUGAUGAGUUGGUAGAGGAUGCUGUUAGCAGCAUGGGGUGAUAUACCUUUACAAAUCUCCGGAAAAAUUCGUAUUUAGUAAAUACAGAUAGUUGGUAUAGAUAGCAAUAUGGUUUUUGAAGAAAGUAGAAGGUUGAUUGUUGCUUGUUGUUUGUUCCCUGCCAAGUCCACUUGUAUUCUUUUUGAGUAAAUCAGUGAGUUCUCAUGUAAGAUAUGGUCAUUUGCUGGAAAAGCUAUUUUUGUAAAACUGCUGCAGUUUUCCUACUGGUUUGAGAGAAUCACGAAUGCAACCAUUUUUGCUCCAGCUUGCAAAGAAUUGCAGUGUCCUGAAUUUGCUGUUCUCUUGGUUGACUCUUCAGUUCACUG